GCAGUUUACACACAAGCAGCAAGGUCCCACAUCCUGGUACUUUUCAACGUUGUCUAGGAAGGCAUCGAUAGAGAGAAAGGCUGGCUCGAGGGAAGUAGCUGCAGUGUCCUGACAAUAUAUCUGUCCAAACGUUCACAAACUAUCCCGGAAAGUUAGGUGUAACUACCAGGACCAUCCGUUGUCUGUUAAUGUCAAGAUGUGGCUGGUGAGAGAUGGGAGACGGACAUAACAAGACCUAUAGGAUGUUACUCAAUAGCAUACGACAAUGUGGGCUAAAGGCUGACAGCAUCCAUAUCAGGUGAACAUUGGACGAAGGAGAGUGGGAUGAGUGAAGAUUCUGCAGCCAGCACAGUUUGGUGAAGAGCACGAGAGGUGAGCAAUCAGCAACUAGCAUGCCAACCACCAAGGGAACUGGAGGGGCUGGCAGCCCACGGGGUCAGCGCUACCGUCCAGCCUCAGAGUUCGACGAUGCCACACUCGCCCAAAAGAGAGAGUACUGGAAGACCAAGAAACGAGAGCAGAGGGCCAAGCUGUCAGAGGUCAAGAGGGAAAAAGAUACAAACAGAGUGUGUAACUCCUUGGGCAGAAAUGCAGUCCAUAAGACCCUAACCUCUAUGGUGUUGAAUCCCAGUGCCUCUUGUUCAAUGGCAGGGUCUGCCCCCACUUUGUUGAAUAGCGAUGGUUCCUACCAAACCAAUGUCAGUGGUGCACCUGUAGUUUUAUUAAAGGGAAAGGGUUCUGCUAUCUCCUAUCAUCUGAACCAUAGUGCUGAAGAAGAGGACCAAAACUCUUCCUCAGCAAACCAAAAGGAGAAAUGGUUCCAGAGGAUAAAACUUGACAAAGUCUUGCCUCCGUUCCCAACGUCCAGUGCAGGUCCAGGAGAAGGCGCGAUGGUCUGCAAGAUGGCGGUGAAAAGUUCCCCAACAGGGGGCACUGUGAUCGGACCGGUUACCUCAGACAAACCCAACGGAGUGCUGCUCAACAGUGGCUCCUCCUUGCCUCUGGGAAGAGUGGCUGUGAGACCCUCAGGUUCUGCACCUCGCCAACCACAGGGCGGAAUGACUGUUCUGAAUGGCAGCUCUCCUGUAGUGUCAACACAGAAGCAACUGGCCACCCAGAGUGUAUCAAGGCCUGAUGCGUUAACUGAGACGCAAGUUACAGUGCGUGUUCAGCCUGGACCGCUAACUGCUAACAUUACCUCAGGGUUGCCCAUCGUGACCAAUCAGCCUACCCCUGUCCUCAUUCCCAAACCAGAGGGUAGGCCUAUAGGGAUGAAAGUAACACAACUAGGUGGGACAAAGCAUGCCCCGGUCACAGCCCAAGAAGUUAGUUGUAUCAACAACACAUCAGCUACACUGGAGAUUGAGGAGGACAAAGCCACCAAGCGCAGAGAGAAUUGGCGCAUCAAGAAGCGAGAACAGAGAGCGAAGCAGGCGGUUAGGUUAACGAAGACUAGAGAGAGAAUCACGAACAUGGAGAUAACGUUGCAAAAAGCUGGAAUGUUACCCAACGUGGUCAUUGAACGUCCUCCAUCUGCUUUGAGUGGACAGGGCCAUAGGCAGUGUAUUAAUAGAGUCAGGGUCCCGUUCAUCUCAGCCGGACGCCUGCUGAAGAACGCCAGAGCAGUGGCUAGCGUUGUAGUCAAAAGGGAGUCUGAGGAUUCAGUCCUGGCUAAGCUAACUGCAGUCAACGCUAAUCAACAGACUGUUCAGGUAAAAGUAGAGAAUCCGCAGGACGCUGAACCAACAAUGCAGACUGGCAUGGCAUCGGAUGUCAUUGGUUUUAAACUAGAAGGGGAACCAAGCAGAAGGCUCCUUGGUCCAGGGCAGUUUAUCAACACUAGCCAAGGUAUGGUCCGUUGUAGGACUCCGAGACAGAGGUUCAUUGACGCCCAAAGGAAUUUCCUGGGUCAGAGAAACAUGAGAAAGUCCCCCUGUCAUGCUACAGCCUUCAAAACCUGCAACGCACUCCGAGAGGACCCAACGGAGACACCCGAGCAGAGGGUGGCCCGGAAGCGGGAAUACUGGCGUGUCAAGAAGCGGGAACAGCGAGCUAAGCUGUCAGUGGAAGUCCGCGCUAAGAUGAAGGAGAAGGAUGCUCUGAUGCGAAGAGUCAACCGGUACCAGAGCAUAUUGGAGGAUAUGAGGAAGGCGAGAGCGGCGGGCUGCAACACACUGCCACAACCAACAGGAAAUGGGCCUACCCACACCAGCGCCUCAGAGACCAUUGGAGGGUUCAUCAAGGAGGACGGUACAUUGACCAAUACCAUUCCCCAAAUGUAUCUCAUUACAGAAGCAAAAGAGACAGGGGAUGAAAUUGGUGUCAUUGGUGGAAUGCCUGUUAAUAAUUCAUUUACCAACCCUAACAUACACCGCCAACACCAACUGCUUCCCAAACCCACUGGUGAUGCAUCUAGUAAUGUGGUACAUCAAAUACGGGUCAACCCACCACCUCUAAUCCGUCCUGCUCAAGUUAAUGUCUCCUGUCCUCCCAUCGGCCUGUCAAUCAGAAAGCCUCCCAAGUUAGUUUCAGGCAGCCCCCCGAAAAACCUCCCUAAUCCACACACAGUCGUCCAGCCCCAGAGUCGUAUCACCCUCACACACCCUCAAAACAUUCAAAACACCUUUCCUGGUUUGCCUACAGCGAUACCGAAGCCGGCUAGCUGGGUCAUGCAGAUGGCUGUCAAAGCUUCUACAGCAUCAGCAGCGCUCAACUUGGACCCAAAGCUGACAGAGGAGGAAAAGAUGGCUAAGAAGAGAGAGUACUGGAGGGUAAAGAAACGAGAGCAGAGGGCGGCCCGCGCCAACCGCCUAAGGCAAGGAGUUCAAGCUAGGGGAAAGACUGCCUCGCACAAGAGGCGGAACCAAAGGUUAGCACGAUUAGCUGUCGCCAUUCCCAAUGUCAACAACACACUGACUAUCAAGCCUCUCUCAAACACCAGUGUGUCCACGUCUCCACAGCGAGACCAAAUCAAACAAGAGAGAGGAUCAACCUCAACAGUCGCUCCAUGUCCUCUACUGGAACAACCCCUCUGUGUUGAUAUCAAACCAUCCCGGUGUUCACCGCCACCACAGACCGAGCCACCAGACCCAGCCUUGAGUGCUGACAGCCAGGCCACCACUCUCUUGGUGGUGGCUUCUAUGAAGAAGCUGCUGGAGGAAUCGCUUAGCACUGUGGCUGACUGGAAAACAGAACAGCCAGGCUGUAUUACAGAACAGCUGCCUUGUAAAAGUGAUCCUCAGACAUGUUCCUACAAGGAUGCUUCCGUCCAGAUGGAGGUCAAGCCAAAUCUACCUCUGCUCACCCUGGAAGAUGAGAAGGUCUCCCUAUCUGGUGACCUAUCGUUGGAGGUCAAAGGAUGGCAGGUGGACGCUGACGCCCUGCCAUCCUGCCAGGUAACCAUUUGUCCAUUGAGUCCUCAUCCUAAGGACUCUCCCCUGUCAAGUCCUUGCACUGAAAGUCUGUCUUUCCCAGCUCCCCCUCCCUCUGAACCCCCCUCUCACACUCUCGGUCCCACACGGCACACGGCAGCUUUCAGCGGACCGCCUCUCCCUCGUAGAGCCCAGAGGCUGCGUGCCAAAAAAGCAGGACACCACCACUGCUGCUCCCCAGAACCCCCGAAGCUACACCAUCAGCCUCAACAACAACAACAACCACCUCAUCAACAACAUGAAAAUCAACAUCAACAACAACCACCUUAUCAACAACCUCAAAAUCAACUACAACUUCAGCAACAUCAGCACGCCCAGGCGGUGACAGGCCAGAAUGUGACUCUGGAGAAGAAGAGGGAGUACUGGAGGAUGAUGAAGAGGCAGCAGAGAGCUAGGACGGUCAGGCAGGGAGGAGGGGGGCUGAGACGGGGGGACUACGGCAGACGACUGGCCCUCAAAGCAGCACAGGUUUCGAAUAUCAUUGUGAAGACACACACACAGAGACCAGUGCAGAGAAGCGGAAGUUUCGGUCUACACACAGCACCAUUGCUCAAACUGCAGUCCUCCCCACUUCUCCAGCCUAUAUCUCCCCAGCCUAUUUCUCCCCAGCCUAUAUCUCCCCCUACUUCUGGACCCAAGGCUAGCCUCAGCAUGGUCACCAACAUCCCAACACUUCUGGUUGGAGACCCCACCACCUCCAACAUGGGACAGACAUAUGAUGCAACACAGCUCAACCCUCCUGUCAACUGUACCAGUAUCUCCAAUUUACCCAUUGGUGACACAGGGUCCCCACAGACAUCUCAUAGCUUCAGUUCCGUGUCCCUCCCUUUUGGAGGUGGUGUCACUGUCCCCGCAUUGAGUGAGGGGAAAAAAGACGGGCUGCUAUUGGUGGAGAACCAACAGGAAGCGGCCCCAGGAUCGAGGGCCGACUCGCCCCGCGUUCUAAAAUGGAGACUGCGAGUGCAGGAAACCUCAGACACCGAUACCUCACCCAUCGCUACUCUCACACCUCCUCCCAACCCUUUGACGAGCAUAAAACUCUUACCCAUUCAGUCUCCCAGUCAAACAUCCUCUUUCACCCCAACACAGACUCCUUUCAAAUAUCAAGGUGCUCAGAUUUCUCAAAGUGGGAAUGUACAAAAUGUACGAUUGCCGACAUUGCAGGGGCCCACCAAAAGCCCUAUCUACAUAAGCCCAAUGGGUCCGCCCAAGCCAGUGCCGGGGGAGUCGGAAGAGGAGACUCUGAGGAAGAAGAGGGAGUACUGGAGGGUGAGGAAGAAGGAGCAGAGAGCCAGGAAAGCAAUGAGAGAUGGGGAGAUGACAGAGAAGAGGCCCUCGGUCAACUGGCAGCCCAUCAUCCCUAACACUCAUCAUCCUCAACAGCUGCUUGAGGAGAUGGAGACACAGGAACAGGAUCCUGACCGGAGGUUCAACACCUCCGAGGACUCUGAACUACUUCUGAGUACUUCCACAGAGACAGACAUGGGCUACUUUCCUGACUUUGGCCAAACUGAACCUUUAGAAGACGAAUCAGAGCUCCUUUUCCUACACGACGAUCUUGGCGACAACUAUGACGGCGCCAUCUCGGAUGUUGUAUGGAGGAAUCGCUACCUCAUGGACUACGACCCGCUGAACCAGCUGCUGGUGUGCAUGGUGUGCGGGGAGCUCCAGUACUCCCACAGCCUGGAGGGGGUGAGGGCCCACAUCGACGAGGCCCACCCAGAUACCCUGAGCCUGGAGUCCCCGGAGCACCUUCGCAUCCUGGAGGCCUGGGACGAGCAGGUGUCCAGGAGAGAACGCUUCUUCACCAGCCAGCUGCAGCAGCACAGUGGGACGAUGGGAGGGGACAGUGCCAACCUCCCAGCAGAAGUAAUGGUUGAUACAGAGGACUCGUCAUACCCGACGAACAGCAAAAGCUCCAGAACGAUUAAAAGACUCUGAGGGCUAAGUUCCCCUACAAAGGAUGAACUAAACUUGGAACUGUAUAUCUGUAUAGGGACAUGGAACGACAAGAGGCAAGCUUUACCUCAUGAACUUUGGGAUAGACCCACACAUCUACACACACCCACGAAUGUAUCUUCUUGCUGGGUUUUUUCCCCCCUUUUUUCCCCACAAUUUUGUCGUAUCCAAUUGGUAGUUACAAUCUGUGCCAUCGCUGCAACUCCUGUUCGGACUCGGGCGUGGCGAAGGUCGAGAGCCGUGCGUCCCCCUGAAACACAACACAACCCAACCAAGCCACACCGCUUCUUUGACACAAUGCCCGCUUAACCCGGAAGCCAGUUGCACCAAUGUGUCGGAGGAAACACCUGGCGACUGUGUCAGCGUGAACUGUGCCCGGCACACCACAGAAGUCGCUAGUGCGUGAUGGGACAAGGACAUCCCUGCCGGCCAAACCCUCCACUAACCCGGACGACACUGGGCCAAUUGUGCGCUGCCCCAUGGGUCUCCCGGUUGCGGCAGGCCGCGACAGAGCCUGGACUCGAACCCAGAAUCUCUAGACCACUGCGCCACUCGGGAGGCCUUCUUGAUGUUUUUGAUAGCGCCAUUUUGUAGCGAUAAUCAUUCACUACUACACCAUGUCUCCUGUGCCCUAAACCAAAAUAAUAUAUCAAUGAGAGAUGUCACUGGGCUCUAUAAUGUCGUUGUGCUGUAUAACAUACUAAAGCACAGUCAGGGCUCUCCCUCAAUCCACAGCACUGGGUUAACUUAACCUCCCUAUUAUGUGUCCAUUACAAACAGGUCAGUGAUGUUCUUCAAUCUGAAUGAAUGUGUCCUUACUCCUCAAUGUACCAGGAUCUAUAUGAUCCAGGUUUUUAAGGGUAAAUAGCAGACCUGUGAAUUUGACUUAGAGACCAUGCGUCUAUUGAAAUGGUCUACAGGUGAUCAAUUGUUCAAUGAUUGAUAUUCGUCUGUACAUACAGUACAUUUUAUAAUUUUACUUAAUGAUAUGUUUAUUUAAUAUUUCUCACAUACUAUCAGUUUUGUAUAAAGUUUUGUACUGUAUUAACAAGUUGUUAUUCAGGUCCAAGACCAUCAGUUUUAUUUCUUCCCUUUUCACAAGGGACAUCCUUGCAUGAGGGUAUUCUAAAUAUGUCCUAAAAAGUACUGGUAUAAUUAUUUUUCUUGCAGCAUACUGUAUCUACAAGACUGACUCUUCGAAAUACUUAUUUGACACACAAAACAACAUUGUUUUCAUAAAUCGUUGUUCUGGAAUAUAUCAAAAUGUUCUUCCUUUUAAUAAAUGUCAACCUUGUUUCUGUAAUGCUGAUUUGACAAAUGUAUUUCUGCACUGUAAAUACAACACACAAUCGUUAUGUUUAAAGGGGUGCUGAAAUGUCAAAACCCUUUUAAUGUAUUUGAUUGCCGAUCACGUAAUUGUUGCUCACGUUUUGUUUCUGAUCUGAUUCAUAUUUCCUUGCCUAUUUAUACGGUAUACAUUAUUUUUAAUGCCUUUUAUUUAGUCUGAACAAUCAGUCAGUGGCACAGAUAGAUUAUUACAUUUUUUAUUUAAUUGUAUCCCUGAUUUAACAAUCAAUUAUCAGCAUAUGUAUUUAUCACUUUUUAAACAUACAAAAAAAUAUGUAAGAUCCAUUGGCCUGCUGCUUGGAUGUUUCUAUACUUCCUAUAUGUAACAGAAAAUGUGUGGAAUGGACUUCCAGUUGUGUUGUUUUUGGUUCACCAAUAUACUGACAAUUAACGUCCUAUAGAGCACGAAGCUUUGGAAGUCAGUCUUCUGUGGUCUUAACAGACUGAAAAUGCAUUGAAAACAGAUUGUACUGUGAUAAACUUCUUGUUGUACAGCUGUAAGCAAACUGUAAAUGUACAGGGACACUGACCAUGCUGUAUGAUGACACCUGAUGAGAAUGUACCUCUUUGAAUUGGUUCCUACCUUGUCUGUUUUAAAAGGGAAUGUUCAAAUGCCUUUUCGGUACUAAUAAACCCUUUUUUCUAUCUUUUAAAA